CGCCCCACACAGCGGCGGCCAUUCCCCCCGCAGCGUCACGACGAGCAAUGGCGACGCCCCCGCGGCUCCCGCGUGAAGACGGAGCCGGCGUCCUCCGGCCGCUCUCGGCGGGUCGCGGCGGCGGCGGCUUCUUCGCGGCCCUGGACGAGCUCCGUCUCGCGCAGCAGCAGCAGCAGCUCGUCCACGACGUCGUCAACACCUCGUCCUCGACUCCGCAGGCGAAGUUCGUCUCGACCCGACGCCUCGGACGGGAGGAGGUGCUGAGGGCUAUUGAGGAUGUGGCAGGCAAGGUGCUGGCCUCCAUCGCUAGGAAGCAAGCACCAUCGCUCUCAUGUGUCGACCGGCACAGCUGGGCCACCGUGCGAUUCAAUAAGGAGGUGGGGCUGCAAAUGCUGCCUGAACUGGUGUUAAGGGAGCAGAAGUUCACAAUGCAAGGCUCCAUGCUGAAUUUUUGUAUGACUAUGAAAGUCCUGCACAUGAUUUACAAUCUCGUGCAGACCAACCAAAACUCAACUAAGAGAGACAUCUAUUACCAAUACCCCACGGUGUUCAGAAGCCAGACCAUAGUUAACAAUAUUGUGGACAACAUCGCCUGUCUGCUGAGGGUCCCUCGGGACUGUCUGCACGUGCAGUCCACCUCCAAGGGCUGUGUAGCCGGCAACCUUUGCUACAUCGAGGAGGACGGAACAAAGAUCUCCUGCACCUGCAGUUCUAAUGGGAUGCUGGUGUCUAAUAAUGUGCAGGGAAUGCACAACCUGACGACAAAGGCACGAUUCGUGCUUGUUGUGGAGAAGGAUGCCACCUUCCAGCACCUCCUGGAUGAUGGCUUCUGCAAGAGAUUCCACCCUUGCAUCAUGGUUACGGGAAAAGGCGUCCCGGACCUGAACACGCGACUCCUAGUACGAAAGCUAUGGGACACGUUCCACAUCCCCACCCUGGCCUUGGUGGACGCAGAUCCUCACGGAUUUGAAAUUAUGACAAUCUACAAGUAUGGGUCCCUGUCCAUGUCCUUCGAUGCUGCCAACCUAACUGUGCCAACCAUUUGCUGGCUGGGUGUGCUACCCUCUGAAAUAGAGAGGUGGAACAUUCCCACAACUGUGCUGCUGCCACUCUCUGACAGAGACCAGAGGAAGCUGCGGGAGCUGUUAGGCAGGCCCUUCAUGGAGCUGCACCCCGAGUGGCGGAAUGAGCUGGAAAUAUUGCAAGCACGUGCCGUGAAGGCAGAGAUGCAGGCACUGGAGUCGAUCUCGCCAGGGCUACUUAGCCGCUACUACCUGCCCAACAAACUGCGAUUUGGGGGGUGGCUGUGAGCAACUCUAUCAGAGGUGGCUCUGGGCUUGGGUGUAGCUAUUACAGGAACAAACUCAAAGGACAAACAUGUUUACAUUUUAAAAGUACACUUGCUCGGUUUAUGAAAAAUGACUAGGCUAGGUUAUUUGUGUCCACUUGUUUUGAAAGAUUACAUUAAAGAUAACUUGUUCUUCUCUGCUCUUAUGAAGUGCUGUGAAACAUAUUGGUAGAUUUGUGCCAUUGUGAACUUUUAUAUCAAUUAUGAUAUAAAUUAAGCAAAAUUUCAGGCAUCUUAUUUGUGGCCAUCUUGGAUUUGUGUAAAGUAAAUCUUUAUCUUGAUAGCUGUCUGUCCUUGGAGAAGACUGCGACGUCACUUUCAUACGUCUAAAUACAUCGGCGCAGCAACACCACUGGAAUCUGAAGGAACACCUAAACUUACUUUUCAAGUAAUUUUCUCAUUCAUGAAGUUUACAACUCAUGUUGGCUAAUCCAACACACACCCUCGAUAUGCAUCAACAGCUGUUUGAUUUUGCGUUGCGUCUUCCUUCAAAGAUCCUGGAACAACACGUAAUGUGGAUUAAGUCACACAUUUAAUUUAGAUGCUGUGGCUAUAAUAAAACGGUCAUAUGACUUAAAACGUGACUGCUUUGAGCGAUCAAUGAACCAAGAUAAUUUUAGUCAAGAGGCAACGAGCGUCACUGCUGCUACGACAGUCACUAAAUGUUUUCCUCCAACCCUGUUAAGUAUUUAAGUUUAUUUAUUUGGCUGUCAGACGAUGGUCUCCUGUGGCUUUGUGUCUUACACCUGCCAGAUGUUUGUGCAGACCUGCUGUCUGGUCUGCUGUGUCCACAAAAGAACACGAUUCCAUCAAAUUACAAAUGUCCUCGGCAUGUGGAUCCUAAUAUUCAAGCUGUUGUUUACCUUCUGAGUUAGGAGUCUGCAGCUGCUGUAUCGCUCACUCAGUGCUCGACAUUUUUUCCAAUAAAUGUGUUAACAGCUCAUUAUUUAAUUUAUAUUUAUAGCUCAGUGGCUCGGCUAAAUAAAGCGUCGUAUGCGCUCACACCCAACUUGAGUUGUGUACAGCUUUCCUGAAAUGUUACGCAUGCUCUGACCUUAUUGUGUAUGUUUACCAGAAUCCUGUGUUACAAGGUUCAGAAAGGUUGUACGUGCAUCUGUUAACCGUGUCUCAGUGAGACUACAUUUAACAUGGUUCAUUUAUGUGUUUACCAUCAUAUGAUGAGUACAGCAAGGGGUAUUCCUUUAACCGGUGCUUGUAGAUGGAGCCUCCACGCUGCAGAGGACACACAUACAUACUCCGUCACACAAAAAACUACAAGACAAAGAUAUUCUCUUUAUCCCAGACAAGUUGUUGAAGUAAAUAAAGAACAAUGUCGCAUAUACGAUCAUCACAUAUAUGUCCUGACCAUUUAACUGCCCACGAGUGCAGUAAUUGUGUGUGCUGUGACUGUCAUUUUCUUCGGAUGUUCACAAAUCCAACCUUUUCAUAUUCAGCAAUGUGUUCUUAACCUCGCGUACAUUUACUUCUCAAACACUGUAUUUCCCAUGAUUAAAGCAGUUUGUGCUUGA